GUAUGGAUAACUAUAAAAAUACUAAGACUAGAGAGAUUUUACCAAUAGCACGUCCUGAUGUCGCUUUAGGUACGCGAUUUUCAAAUGUAGGAACAACAGAAUUAGAUAUGGAUAAAGUAGAAAUACGUGAAGCUAAACGUGAAGAUUGUUUUGCUAUAAGAACUUUAAUACAAGAACUAGCUGAUUAUGAGAAGAUGCCUAAUGAACCAAAGAUCGAUUAUAAAACUUUAGAACGAGAUGGGUUUGAUACAAAGCAUCCUUUAUUUAUUUGCUAUGUAGCAACAGUUGAUCAACAAAUAAUAGGUUAUGCAUUAGCAUAUUAUACUUACUCAACAUGGGGUGGAAGAGCUAUGUACUUGGAAGAUCUUUACAUUACACCUAAUUUUCGAAGAAAACAUAUUGGCAUUAAACUUUUAAAGACUGUUGCAAAAAAAGCAAAAGAUAACGAUUGCUGCAGGUUAGAUUUUGCAGUGCUCAGAUGGAACCCAGCACAAGAGUUUUAUAAAAGUAUUGGCGCUAUUAAUUUAACAGAAGAAACGGGAUGGCAUCAAUAUCGUUUAACAAAAGCAGUUCUGGAAAAAUUGGCAACUAAUAUGGAUAAUUCAAAUUAUUCACAAAAAGAAGAUUUCAAAUUACUCACAAAAAAGAAAAGCAUUGCUAGAAGUAAUUGGGGUGGAUAUUCUUUAGACAUACAAUUAUGGGAAGAUGAGGAAUCACCUGUUAUCAAAAUGAGAUAUAUGGAUGAUGUUUCAUUUGAUAACUUAGAAAAGGAUGGUAUUUUCUCUGAUAGAUUAAUAGGACUUGGAUCUUCAUUCUUAACAAAAUCACCAGAAUGUGGACUUUAUAUUUUAGCAAAAUGCGUUAUGAGAAAGAUGUCACUUACAGAUAUCACUGUUUUAUAUUAUCAUCGGUAUCUGCAAUACAUUGAUUUGGCAUAUAACAAUCUUACAAAUUUAAUGCCAUUAAGUGGGAUUCCUUAUUUGAUGUAUUUAAAUGCAUCACAUAAUAAACUCAUAGAUGUAUUAAACUUUACACCACCUUGGUACUUAACUUAUGUAAAUUUAUCUAAUAAUCAUAUAACUGAAAUGUGUGAUCUAAGUAGUUUUUGGAGUAUUGUUAGAUUAGAUUUGUCCUACAAUGAAAUUGAAGUUAUUUUUGGACUACACAAUUUAAAAUAUUUGCAAUACUUGAAUAUGUCUUAUAAUUUAAUAAAAUAUAUUGAAAAUUUGGAUAAUUUGAACAUUAAAGAGUUAAAUUUAGAAGGAAAUUGUAUAACAUCAUAUAGAUAUAAAAAAUUGGGUAAUAAUAUGAAAAGUUUAAUCAAUUUAAGGACUAUUAUAUUAGGAUAUAAUAAAUUAUCUAGCUUAAAUUUCUUAAAAGAUGCAUGCAGUUUACGUUUCGUAGAUUUGAAAUUUAAUAAAAUUAUAGAUCUUUUAGAAAUAUCAAAGUUAAAAGGAUCGAUAUUUGAAAUAGACCUUAGAGGUAAUGCAUGUACAAAGUGGCCCAAUUACAGAAAUGUAAUUUUAUUUUCUAUUCCAAGUAUUAUGUUCAUUGAUGGUGUCGAAGCAUCUAUUACAGAAAAGAUAUCUGCAGCGACUAUAUUUGCUCCAUCAUUAAGUUUGAUGACUUCACGUAAUAUCACCAAACUGACUUUAUUAGAGUAUUUGAGUACUCCUAAAAUAGAUUCACAUGUAAUUGCAUAUGAUAAAAUCAGGCCACCACUAUUAAUAUUGACCGGUCCAUCUGGAGUAAAAAAGAGAAAAUUAUCUUUACAUAUAUCACGUGUAAUUCCUAAUAAGAUAAAAUAUUGCAAAUGGUAUACUACUAAACAAUCAAAAACUGGUGAAAAUGAAGAUAAGUCAUUUAUUUUCGUAAAACGAGAAGAUUUUAAUGAAAUAGCUUGUUCUGGUAACUUUUUAGGAAUCCAAGAUCUGCUAGGAAAUAGCUAUGGAUUUCAUAUGAAUGAAAUUGCUUCUUUGAUAACAGAACAAAAAAUUGGUAUAACUCCAGCAGACUUGCAUACAACUAUGCAAAUAUACAAUCGUUAUUUAAAUGUUAAACCUAUUUUGGUAAUUAUAAAUGAUAUUACUCAACACCAAAGUCAGAUAGAGAAUAAAUUUGAUAUUUAUACUUGGAUUCAAGAUAGUAUAAGGGAUUUGCUUGCUGUUAACAUAGGCAAAAAUACAUUUGUAAAGGAAGACUCCAGAAAUAGUAUAUUGAAUUUUGUCGUAACUAUUAUAGACGAGGUAAAAAAAAAAAAUUAUAUAUUAUUUACUAAUUAUAUAUUAUUAACACAAUUAUAUAUUACUUCGAAUAUGCCUUUACUAAUCUUGUUAGAUGAGGAAUCAAAUAUAAUUAUAGACAAUAAAAAACGAAGAACUUUGUUCUGCCAUUACAAAAAAUAUGACAAGAUUUUUACUGAUGAUGAUUCCAAUGAUACUAUUUCUAGUGAAGAUACAUUAAUAAUUUCAGUAAUUCUACAUUCUUUAAAAAUAAUUAAUUAUACAAGUAAUAAUUUUUGUUUAUGUAUGCAGCAAUGUGAAGAUAAUAACAUUCAAAAAUCAGAAAACUUAAAACGUAUGUUUAUUGAACUUGUUUUACAAACAAGGAAGAUAUAUUUAGAACACCAUGAAAAAAAUCCUGGUUUUUUUUCUCUUGUGUAUUGA